CUUCCCGCCGGACCCCGCGGCCGGGCCGAAGGCGGGCGCCAUGUCGGAGCGGGGGCCGAAGUGGGCCUGCGAAUACUGCACGUACGAGAACUGGCCGUCGGCCAUCAAGUGCACCAUGUGCCGGGCCCAGAGGCCCAGCGGGACCAUCAUCACCCAGGACCCGUUCAAGGGCGGCUCGAGCGACGGGGGCCGCGACUGGGCCCCCGGCAGCCCCGAGGGCGGGGGCAGCCCGCUCAUCUGCCCCGACUCCAGCGCCCGGCCCCGCGUCAGGCCCUCCUUCGGCACGGACGGGGCCGCCAAAUGGUCGUGCCACAUGUGCACGUACUUGAACUGGCCCCGGGCCAUCCGCUGCACGCAGUGCCUGUCCCAGCGGCGGACCAGGAGCCCCACGGAGUCGCCCCAGUCGUCCGGCUCGGGCCCCAGGCCGGGGCCCUUCGCCGCCGACCCCUGCGAGGAGUACAACGACCGGAACAGGCUGAACGCCGGGACGCGGCACUGGACGUGUUCCGUUUGCACCUACGAGAACUGGGCCAAAGCCGGGAAGUGCGUGGUGUGCGAUCACCCGCGGCCCAACAACGUGGAGGCCGGCGGGCUGGGGGAGACGGAGGAGGCCUCCUCCCUCAUCAACGAGCAAGACCGGGCCCGCUGGAGGGGCGGCUGCAGCGGCGGCGGGAACGGCCAGAGGCGGUCCCCGCCCGCCGCCAGGCCGGACUCGGAAGUCAAGAUGGACUUCCAGAGGAUCGAGCUGGCGGCCGGAGCCGUGGGCUGCCAGGAGGAGCUGGAAGUGGACUUCAAGAAGCUCAAGCAGAUUAAGAACAGGAUGAAGAAGGCCGACUGGCUGUUCCUCAACGCCUGCGUGGGCGUCGUGGAAGGUGACCUGGCGGCCGUAGAAGCGUACAAGUCGUCGGCGGGAGGAGGAGACAUCGCCCGCCAGCUCUCCGCGGACGAGGUGCGCCUCCUGAACCGCCCGUCCGCCUUCGACGUGGGCUACACCCUGGUGCACCUGGCCAUUCGCUUUCAGAGGCAGGACAUGCUGGCCAUCCUGCUGACCGAGGUGUCCCAGCACGCUGCCAAGUGCAUCCCCGCCAUGGCCUGUCCGGAGCUGACCGAGCAGAUCCGCCGGGAGGUGGCCGCCUCCCUCCACCAGCGCAAGGGAGACUUCGCCUGCUACUUUCUAACCGACCUCGUGACAUUUACGUUACCCGCAGACAUCGAAGACCUGCCUCCGACGGUCCAGGAAAAGCUGUUUGACGAAGUGCUCGAUCGGGAUGUUCAGAAAGAGCUGGAAGAAGAGUCGCCCAUCAUCAACUGGUCUUUGGAGCUGGCCAGCCGCCUGGACAGCCGGCUCUACGCGCUCUGGAACCGGACCGCGGGGGACUGCUUGCUCGACUCGGUGCUGCAGGCCACCUGGGGCCUCUUCGACAAGGACUCCGUGCUGCGGAAAGCCCUGCACGACAGCCUGCACGACUGUUCGCAUUGGUUCUAUCCACGCUGGAAAGAGUGGGAAUCCUGGUAUUCGCAGAGCUUUGGGUUACACUUUUCCCUGCGGGAGGAGCAGUGGCAGGAGGACUGGGCGUUCAUCCUCUCUCUGGCCAGCCAGCCCGGAGCCAGCUUGGAGCAGACGCACAUUUUCGUACUUGCACAUAUUCUCCGACGUCCCAUUAUAGUGUACGGAGUCAAAUACUAUAAGAGCUUCCGAGGAGAAACUCUCGGGUACACGCGCUUUCAAGGCGUCUACCUGCCGCUGCUGUGGGAGCAGAGUUUCUGUUGGAAAAGCCCCAUCGCGUUGGGCUACACGCGGGGCCACUUCUCGGCCCUGGUCGCCAUGGAGAACGACGGCUACGGGCACCGCGGGGCGGGCGCGCACCUCAACACCGACGAUGACGUCACCAUCACUUUCCUGCCCCUGGUGGAUAGCGAGCGCAAGCUGCUGCACAUCCACUUCCUCUCCGCUCAGGAGGUCGGGAACGAGGAGCAGCAGGAGAAGCUGCUGCGGGACUGGCUGGACUGCUGCGUCACGGAAGGCGGCGUGCUCGUGGCCAUGCAGAAGAGCUCGCGGCGCCGGAACCACCCCUUGGUCACGCAGAUGGUGGAGAAGUGGCUGGACCGCUACCGCCAGAUCCGGCCCUGCACCGCCCUGUCGGACGGCGAGGACGACGAGGACGACGAGGACGAGUGAGGGGCCGCGGCGGGCCAGGGCCGGCCGGGGCCCGGUGCUGUCCAGAGGAGCCCGAGUCGCGCCGCCACCGCGGAGCCGCGCGCGCCCCGGGACGGACUCGGCCUCGCGGCGCCCGGCCCCACGGGUCUUCUGGGCGCUCGCUGCCCCCCUCCGCUCCCCCCUCCGCCGCCGCCGCCGCCGCCGGGUGCGGAGAUGGUGGAGAGGGGAGGGAGGGGAAGUCGUCGGUGGUGGCGAGAGCGCUUGGGUGGACUAGAGUUUGUAAAAAGCUAAUUUUAUUAUCCAGACAGAACACUUGGUUUUUUCUCUCGGGAACUGUAAAUCUGUCUAUAAAUGUCCUGCAUGUGGCUCCGUGUGCGUGCGCGUGCGGGGGCGUGAGUGCGAGUGAGUGCGUGCCCCCGGGGAGCCCCAGACGCUCCUCCCCGUGCAGUGAGAGAGACCCCCACCUUCCCCGGGACGGCCCGGCGUGCCGGCCGGUGCGGGAUUGGCACCGCCGGCCCGGGAGGCUCGCUGGCCUCUGGCCACGCCUGGCCCGAGGGCCGGCCCGGCUGGCGCUCUGGGGGCACAGAGCGUGCCCUCGCCGGAAGCACGCUCGGUGUCGGAUUCAUUUAGUUCCCGCCGUGCCCCUCACGGAUCAGACUGUGGAAGGAAAGCCAAAUUCCUCGUGUGAACCGCCGCAGGACGCCUGUCCUGUUUCCUGAGGCCUCUCCCUCUUCCGCUUCCUCGGCCUCUCCCCACUAGAAACUCAGCCUUUUUUUCCGUGUCUGUCUCUCCUGGGAUUUCCGAUCGUCGGUGUGGAAAAAACCGAGUGAAGCUAAAUUCCCGUUCCCGGCCAGCCCCUCAGCCGGAGCCCGGCGUGAGGCAGCCUCCGGGUGGGUCUCCCGGCUGGAAGGGGCCCCGCGAGGCCCGGGAAGACCCCCGGUAAGACAUCGGGCGGCGGGCCGCCCCCACGCUCGGCCAGGGAUAUCCCCUCUCCCAGGCACGCGGCGCGGAGUGGCCGAGCGUGGGGUCUCCUCCGGCUUCCACGGGCCCUCGGCAGGGGCUGGAACCAAGGCGGCCCCCCGGGGUCACGUCAUCCCCCCACGAGGGUCCCGCCGGGCUUCCCAGCCCGCCCUGGGGUGGGGAGACGGGGGCGGCGGUCCGAGCCACGCGCCGUGCGCCGGGGUUUCCUGGACGGAGAACUGCUUGCAUGUGGAUUUGCUGUGGUCGUUCUUGUAAGUGUUCCUUUAAGUGUCCGCUCAGAGUCCGUCCUUCGGUGGAAAGACCUCGAUAAACGACUGCCCGGCCGCAUCAGCCGUGCCAUCCGGGUUGGGUGAAGAUGGGUUCCCUCGGGAGCCCGAAAGAAAGCCCGGCGGGACGCCCACCCGCCCGCCCGCCCGCUCGCCCACCCGCCCGCUGAGCUCUGCUGCUGCUGCUGCUGUCGUUGCCCUGCCCCCCCGGGUCCGGGGAGGGUGGCGGGGAGAGCCUCGCCUUGCGCUGCCAGACUUUGGAAACUCAAGUUGGGGAAGAAUCCCACCAGAAAUCUCUCUUGCCCCGACCCCCCCCACUCCCCGCCCCCCGGUAGUUUAAGGCUGUGAAAACCCCAAGGAAUUUGCUGCUUUUUCUUCCAAAUGCUGCUUAGAUGGUAUUGAAAUGUACACAACUCCUAGGUCUUGGUGGCCAUACACCAAAAAUAUAGAAAUACUAAUGUGCUGUGCAAAGUUUGCCAUUUUUUU